UCUCCCUCCUUCCUAACGGAAUUUCUUCUCCAAUCUUUCUCUCUCUCUGAUUGGCUUCUGGCUUUGUCUUCUUCUUCUACAUUUCUUCUGCCUUACAACACUAAAUUACUCUACACAAAGCCAACCAGUACCCAUCUCCCUCAGUUUUUGGGGUGCAGUCAGUCAGCAUUAUCUCGAACUCUCAGGCCAUGAAAGAAAGAGGGUCAGAUGUGCCUGGGAAAUUCUCGACAGAAAGACAAAUGGGUCAGAGUACCGUUUCAGAAAUGAGACAUUAGACCUGCAACCAAAGAGUGCUAUCUCUCCCUUUUUUUUUUUUUGGGUUCUCUUUUCUUUUUAGUCUUCCAAUGGCAGAGAGUGCUUCGAUCCAAUGAAAACGUAGAAGUAGCAGUAGCAGUAGCAGCAGCAGCAGCAGGAAGUAGAGGUGGUUGUGAUGGACACCAUGGAAUCAUGCGUUCCACCUGGAUUCCGGUUUCAUCCCACAGAUGAGGAGCUUGUAGGGUACUACCUAAAGAAGAAGAUCGCGUCACAGAAGAUUGAUCUUGAUGUUAUACGAGACAUUGAUCUGUAUAGGAUUGAACCAUGGGAUCUACAAGAGAGGUGCAGAAUUGGGUAUGAAGAGCAAAACGAGUGGUAUUUCUUCAGCCACAAGGAUAAGAAGUAUCCGACUGGGACGAGGACCAACAGAGCCACCAUGGCCGGCUUUUGGAAGGCGACAGGAAGAGACAAGGCGGUAUACGAUAAGUCAAAGCUCAUCGGCAUGCGAAAAACCCUCGUCUUUUACAAAGGCCGGGCACCGAAUGGACAAAAGACUGACUGGAUCAUGCAUGAGUAUAGGCUAGAAUCUGAAGAGAAUGGUCCUCCACAGGAAGAAGGGUGGGUGGUUUGCCGAGCAUUCAAGAAGAGAGCAACAGCCCAAACUAAGAACAUGGAAGCAUGGGACUCAACCUACUUCUACGACGAACCAAGCGUAGUGAGCUCAGUUGUCGAUCCAAUUGAUUACGUCGCAAGGCAGCCCCAAAACCAUAAUCAAAACUUCUUUGCCCAGAGUUUCUUAUGCAAGCAAGAGUUGGAAGCAGAAAAUAAUUUAAAUUUCAUGCAGUCUGAUCAGUUCAUUCAGCUUCCUCAGCUAGAGAGCCCAUCAAUGCCAUUAAUAAAGCGGCCAAGCUCUUCAAUAUCUCUGAUAUCAGAAAACAACGAUGAAGACGAUCAAACAAGAGUGUAUGACGACAACAACAACAACAAUAAUAAGAACAAGAAAGUGACAGAUUGGAGAGCUCUAGACAAGUUUGUGGCUUCUCAGUUGAGUCAAGAGGACAGAUAUGAGAAUGAUCAUCGUCAUCGUCAUGGAGUGUCGAGCUUUGGAGGGCAUGGUGAUGAUUCGGAUAUGGCGCUAAUGUUGUUGCAGAGUGGUAGGGACGAAGAAGACGGGAACAACAAGUUAAAUGGGUUCUUGAGUUCGAGCUCGGACUGCGACAUUGGAAUUUGCAUAUUUGAUAAAUGAAUAAAUGAGGUUAGAGAUGAAGACUUUUUAUUUUUAUUUUAUUAUUGAUAUAACGCUUGAUGUUUUAAGACAUAUUCUGUAAAAUUAUGGUUGUGUGAAUGAGUGAACAAAAAAAUCUCCCUCUUUCUAUAA